AACGAGGCUGCCGACACCCUCUGCCUCGCCGAAAAACUCCCCACCGCCGACUCUCUUUCCAUCCGAGGCUCCUACCCGCGAAGGAGAGAGAUCACGUGGAGUCUCUCUCCCACUUUUGCCGGCCACUUCUCCCACUUCUCCUUCUUCUUCUUCUUCUUUUUCUCUGGCGAGGGCUCGAGAUAGGCUCACGAGGAAGCCUUGAAGGUGUUUCUUGGAGUGAAAGCAGUGAAGAGGGAUCUUCUUCCCCUAUUUUUUUUUUUUUCUUUCUCUUCCUCCUCCCCAUCCUUGUCACUCGCCGAAGGCGUACGCUAGAGAAAAUCAGCGAGGAGAACGACAUAUUUCGGGCUCUCUUCCGCGCUUCUUCGCUCUCGGUGCUCACCGCCGACAAACUAAGUCUUCCACCUCGCCGGCCUACCUUCCCGGCGAUCGGAUACUUCGCUGGAGCACUUCGAUAUCACCGGGCAGCGAACAACGACGCUGUUCGAGGAAGUGCGAGGGUCUUCCGCAUCAAGGGGAAGGCCUCCGCUGGCGCUCCUUCCCGUUGACAUCCUAGUGGGUUCCCUUUUCACCGUUGUCGAGCGACCUCAUGGAGAUUCAGGGUUUAAUCGACCUGCUUUCAGAUUCACAAAAUCCACCUAAUUCACAGGAUUUUGUGAAUUCGGGAUUUUUACGACCAGGAACAUCUCUUUCUUUCCAGGCAUCGGCGAUUCCUUUCGCUCGAUCUCCAUGAGACCGGUUCGCAGAGCUGAGAGAAGUAGCAAGACAGACCUGCAAAAUAGAGAUUCGGACGGCGGCUUUUUUUCUCCUGUUAAAUAUCUUCGAGAUCCUCUAAGGAUGAUUUGGCAGCGAGGUUGUUUACGUCUGUUCAUGGUGUCAGCGAUAGCGUGGGUGAUGCUCAUUAUAAUUGCGUUGCUCUUUCACGUGUGGUCUUGCCACUCGGAAAUCGGCCUUCUUUCAGUUCUUUGUCAUAAGGAUAGCAAGGUGAUUGUGAUUUUGGAUACAAUUGGCUUUGCACCAAAGGCGCAACACCGCUGCUCUAUUCCUCUAGCUGAUGAUCCAGAUGCCAUAAUCAUUCCUGAUAAAACUCCGGAUAUAAUUCCAAAAGAAUUAUCAUACAUAAAAAUAGAUAAUCAGUUUCCCCCACUAUUUGGGGGGCACCAAAACUGGUCAGAAAGGGAGGAUAGUUUUAAAUUGAGCAAAAGUAUGAAGGUGCACUGUGGAUUUAUUCAAAAUGGCGGUGCGGAGAUGGAUUUGGUGGAUGUUAAGUACGUUAAGAAAUGCAAAUUUGUGGUUGCAUCUGGAAUUUUUGAUGGCUAUGAUACUCCCCAUCAACCGACAAACAUAAGUCUUCGUUCUCGAAAGCUCUUUUGUUUUCUAAUGGUGGUGGACGAAAUAUCACUCAAUUUUAUGGAGCGAAAUGGUAGUAUUAGAGUUGACAAAAAUGAUGGAAAGUGGGUUGGAAUUUGGCGAAUUGUGACCUUACACCAUGCACCAUAUGACGAACCCCGAAGAAAUGGCAAGGUUCCAAAAAUAUUAACUCAUAGAUUAUUUCCUCAAGCACAGUAUAGUAUUUGGAUUGAUGGAAAGAUGGAGCUUAUUGUUGAUCCACUGCUGAUUCUUGAAAGGUAUCUUUGGCGGGGAAAGCACACAUUCGCAAUUGCUCGUCAUAAACAUCACAAAAGUAUAUAUGAGGAGGCUGAUGCAAUCAAGCGAAGAAAGCGUUAUGCUCGGCCUCUGGUUGAUUUGCAAUUGAAGAUUUAUGUUUAUGAGGGAAUGGAACCUUGGAGCAUAAAAAAAUCAACUCCAAGUGAUGUGCCGGAGGGGGCCAUCAUAAUCCGCGAGCACACCGCAUUAAACAAUCUCUUCAGCUGUCUGUGGUUCAAUGAAGUCAACCUCUUCACUCCAAGGGACCAAAUCAGUUUUGGUUAUGUGGUUUACAGGCUUGGAGAUGCAUUCAAGUUCAAUAUGUUUCCCAACUGUGAGUAUAAUUCACUCUUCAUAUUGCACAGACACAACCGGGAGCAUUCUUCUGCUGUUGAGUGGGUUAAGAAUAUGAGUGAAUUUGAGAAAAAUGAAGGUUUUGGAUUGAGAGAGAGCAGGGGAGGUUUAGGACUUUGGACUCCUUAUGCUGCGGAUCUUAGUUCUGUGGUGCUGCCAACAGUUGUGAGAACAUCUCCAGCAGGCUAAUGCUGUAAGUUUUUUUUAUUUUUUCUUAAAGGUUAUUUGUGUGAUUAUUUUUUUAUGUUAUGGACCGGCCCUAUUUUUAUUUUAUUCAGAAA